AUGACCAUAUCGAUUCUAAAAUAUCUUGCGGGAAUUGUAGAAUAUAAUCCACCACAUCUUUGGAUUGGUCUUCACGAUAAUCUCAAUACAGCGGAAACACUUAAACGCCCAUUCUUCUCAAUAGUGGAUGGAUCUCAAAUCAAAUUUAGCUAUUGGAAUAAUGGAGAACCCAAUAAUGCUUUAUACUCCGAACACUGUACCCACAUAGGUAUGGCGAAUAAUUUUAAAUGGAAUGAUGAUAAAUGUGAAAAGAAAUUUGGUUAUAUUUGUGAGAAACCCCAAGCACCCGUGAAUAUUAGCUGUGACUUAAACGAAACUCGAAAAACUGUCUACCAGUUAAAUGAAGGACUUGCAAAGGAUCAUAAAAAUAAUCAAGAAGAAGUUCAAGGAAUGUUAAACGAUAAUCGUUUACAAACUCAAAGUGUUUUACAAGAAUGGCAGAAAUCUUCGCAGAAAUCUUUAAAUGAAUCUCAAAAAUCCAUUAAUGAUAUUUUCGCAAGCAAGCCAUAUCUGCAAGCAGUAAUCGCCGAUGUUGGCCAACCAAUUAAGCAGAUCAUUCGUGAAGCUUACAAUGAAAUAGCUCAGUUUUCCCACGAAGCUCAACAAGCAAUCGAUGGCAAUUCCGUGGAUACACAAACAUCCAUAAUGAACAAAUCGCAUGCAUUUCAGCAAAAAUUGGAAGAAAAUACAAAUGGUGUUGAUGGCUUACUAGCGGAGCAUGAAUAG